UUAGUUCGGACCAGAUUGUGACGCCAGUGUCUACCCCAUGUCUGUACCAGCCAGUAGAAAAGGGAGCUAUGGGUGCCUGCGAGGACAAGCUGGUUUGGAAAGAGACGUCUUUUCUUGGGAAUGAUGACCAUAAGAACAAACCGUCAGGCUGGCCUCCCCCUGCUCCAGGCUCCUGGGGGGGACUACAGGGACCUCCGUACAGCUGGGACAGUAUGAACAGCUCCAGAGAGGACUACCUCACCAGCCAGGUGUCUCAGAGCAGUUCCCUGGAGGAGGUGCACUUGGACGGGCUGCCUCCUGCUCCUCGCCUGGUGGAGAUGAGGAGAGACCCGGUGCUCGGCUUUGGGUUUGUGGCCGGCAGUGAGAAGCCCGUGGUCGUACGCUCCGUCACUCCAGGUGGUCCAUCUGAGGGGAAGCUGUUGCCUGGCGAUGAGAUUAUAAUGAUCAAUGAUGAGCCUGUGAGUUCUGCUCCCAGAGAAAGAGUCAUCGACCUGGUCAGGAGCUGCAAAGAAUCCAUAUUACUGACUGUUGUCCAGCCGUAUCCUUCCCCCAAAUCGGCGUUUAUCAGUGCCGCUAAAAAAGCCAUGCUCAAGACAAAUCCCGUCAAAGUGCGCUUUGCUGAGGAGGUCAUCAUCAAUGGACAAGUCCCAAACCCAGUAAAGGACAACUCCCUCCUGUUCAUGCCAAAUGUGCUGAAAGUUUACCUGGAGAACGGGCAGACCAAAUCAUUUCGUUUCGACAACAGUACGUCUAUUAAGGAUGUGAUUCUGACCCUACAGGAGAAGCUGUCAAUCAAAUGCAUAGAGCACUUCUCCCUGAUGCUGGAGCAGAGGGCAGAGGGCGGGACCAGACUACUACUGCUGCACGAACAGGAAAUGCUCACUCAGGUGACUCAGCGGCCCGGCUCAGAUAAGAUGAAGUGUUUCUUUCGGAUCAGUUUUAUGCCUCGGGACCCGGUGGAGCUGCUGAGGAGAGACGCAGUGGCUUUUGAAUACCUCUAUGUACAGUGUUGUAAUGAUGUGGUUUUGGAGAGAUUUGGGGCAGAGCUAAAGCCGGACGCCGCGCUCCGAUUGGCCGCUCUGCAGAUGUACAUCCUCACCAUGACGACGAGACAGAGCCAAAAAGUGUCUCUCAAAUACAUACAAAAAGAAUGGGGUCUACCACUGUUCCUGCCUCCUGCUGUUCUGUCCACCAUGAAAGAGAAAAACAUUAAGAAAGCUCUGACACACAUCCUCAAAACCAACCAGAACCUUGUGCCUCCAGGGAAAAAGCUGACUGCGCUUCAAGCCAAGGUGCAUUACCUGAGAUACCUGAGUGAACUCAAACUGUACGGAGGACGAGAGUUCAGAUCGAUACUGCUGCAGGGAGAGAAGCAGACGGAGGUGACGUUGCUGGUCGGUCCUCGCUAUGGCAUUAGUCAUGUGAUCAACGCCAGGACAAACUUAGUGGCUCUGUUAGCUGAUUUUAGCCACGUGAAUCGCAUCGAGAUCCUGACAGAGGACGAGACCAAUGUGAGACUGGAGCUGCACGUGCUGGACGUCAGGCCCAUCACUCUGAUCAUGGAGUCCAGUGAUGCCAUGAACCUGGCCUGUCUUACUGCGGGAUACUAUCGCCUCCUGGUGGACGCUCGCAGAUCCAUCUUCAGUAUGUCCCACUGCAACAGCACCGGCGAUGAAACCAGUCCUGAUCGCGUUUUGGAGUGGCCGUAUAGCACCUCACUGGGCGAAAACGAGGAACAAGCUUUGAACCAGGAAGACAUGUACAACCGCGACUAUCCCGACAACGUCCAUAGACAAGACAGCAUCCAGUCUUACAACAAGGACCUCCCCGAACGAGACAUGGGCGCGAACCGAAGCCCCCUACCCCCUCCUCUACCCCCCUCAACAAGGCACAAACCACAAGACUCCCCCAGAAGUGCAAAAGUAUCAUUUAUUUUCGGAGGGGACCCACCUUUGAGUAAAACUAGAGGCUAUGAAAGACUAGUAGAAAGUCCAGAUAUACCCCAACACAGGCCAAACUACAUGCACAAUAGCACAGAUAGAUUGCCGUAUCACUACACGCAUGUUUACAGUAAUAUCAUAAGCGAAGAAGGCGGAGAAGAGCCGCUGUUGAAUGAAUUACUAUACGCAGAUACAACAGAUGACGCCGAGGAUGAAGACGAGGACUGUGAUGAGGAUUCGGCAGGCGGGACCCCCAUGAGCGACGAAGGUAAACCUGUAAAUUACAACCAAGAUGGCGGACCACCCACUGCAGCCAGCAAAGCCACGUUUCUAACUUGCUCCGGUUCGACUGACGAUAUUAUUGAUUUGACGUCGCUGCCGCCACCGGAGGGCGAUGACGGGGUUGACGAAGAAGACGACGAUACGCUAUUGGAGACGUUAAAUUUGGCCAUCGCAGCGCCCCCUCCUGGUUUCAGAGACAGUUCGGAUGAGGAUACAGAAGGAAGGAUGUUGAGUAUAGAGGAGAGUGAUGAUAUUCCGGUUUCGUUGAUUGACGCCGUCCCGACUCAUGAGGAGGGGGGCAGAGGAGAGGACAGUGCUGUGGUAGAGACACUUCAAGCCAUUGAGGCGCUGUCUGUGUCGGACCAUAGACCCCCUCCACCCCCUCCUCCUCCACCAGGCUGCAGCAAUCCAGGUGCUUACUCUUCCCAAGGCUUUAGCCCUCAGUCCUCCUCAGACUCGGGCAAUGAAACCAACUCUUCAGAGAUGACAGAAAUGAAUGACCUGGCUUCUCACAGGCUCUUGGUGGCCACUCGCGAGGGAUAUCAACCUUUACUUGAAGAGAAAACUGAAUUCCCUGUCUCCCCAUCCACAGGCGGAGGAGGCCCCACUGCGCAGACGAAGCCAGCCAGGCACCACCAACCCCCGGCUGUACCCCCAAGACGAGGCCCCUUUCUGGACGCCCCAACGUCUGGUUUUGACAGCUUUGACGGUAGACCCCCGAGCAACAUGUCUGCAACGCUACAACGACCAAGUUCUACCACGCCUGGAGGGAAACAUCACCGGAAAUCCGCAGACUCCAGUGGGAAAUAUAAUACGUUUAGCACAAGGGAUGGUUUCAGGAGUGGUAGUCAUUUUGAUUUGGAGCAGCGUACUUCGUUUUGUGAUAGACGGGAAUUGCAAAGAAGGCAAAACUCAUUCAUGGCGGAUAAUUUUGCCUCAGAAGACAACGUCAGACCAAUUCGUCCAACUUCCUCAACAUGCGAAAGACUUCUGGAAAUCGAAAAUACAGACGCUAGAGCCACAAACGUAGAGCAAGAUGAACAUUUAGUCGUAGCCUCGUUGUUAUCGCCGAGCAAAAAGGCGAGAUCAGGAGGGGCGGAGCAAAGUUCAGACUUACCGACGGAACACCCACCUAUGUCGAGACAGCAAAGUGUAGCCCGAUUGUGCGAAUACCAUUUAGCGAAACGGAUUUCAAAUUUACAGGGAGAAGCGCAUAGUUCUUUACAAGGAUCAAUAUGCUCCUCUUUGGACGCUGGUGGUAGCACGAAUAGCAGUAGCGCAUGUGCAACCCCGACGGAUUCACCACUUGGAGCGGCGCAAAUCGAUUCAAAACACUCGCAUCAUCACCACCCGAGGCACCCACUUUCAAGUUCAUCUUCGUCACUAAUUAGGGUGCUAAACUAUGAUGACAAAUCAGGUUUUCCUGGACAAGUUAAAGACAUGCACCCUCACGCAGAUCCCAACUUGUUAAGGAAAAUGUUACCAAAUAUCCACCCACCUGGAGAUGGCCGUUGCGCACCUACUCCACCAAAACACGCAGCUAACAAGAAGUUAUACAAUGAUCUACAUGCUAAACAGGCUAUGCUAAAGAAUGCUAAAGAAGGUAGCGAGGCUUAUAGGCAGCUAAUUAACUAUCUAACUGUCAGUCAGAUGCAUCAAGGCGGGAAGCUACAUGGUGCAGGAGGGUCCAAAAAGGAGGGUAAACGCUACAUAACAAGUAAUCCGCAAUUGGUAGAAAUGGUUAGGAAUAGGGCUAAUCCAAAUGCUCGUUGUCAAUGUAUGCCGUCAUCUCUAUCAUCUCCAUUUCUGAGUCCGGGCAAUUCAAAUCAAGCUUUGCAAAUGGUGAAUAAAAAUCCCCGGGCGUUUCAUUCGGCAACGCUUCCAGCUAAACUUAAUCGGAGUCCGGUUGUGCAUGCUCAAAAACCAAAUGAUAAUAUCGAUUUGCGGCGAUCUACGUCUGAAAGAAGAAGUUCGUUUUCAGGUUUGGAAAGUGAACUGGAAAAAAGUGGUAUAGAUCCGGAAGCGUUUUUAUUGGCGUAUAAGAAAAAUGGUUGCAUGAGUCCUAAUGGUGGAGCAAACCGACCUCCGCCGAGAUCUAGAAGUCAACCAGGAGGGGGCGGUAAUGAGGAGUGGUUCAGGCAAGAUGCUAAAGCUAAGCAAGCUAACAGGUUAUCCAGGCAAGGCGAAUCUUUGUGUAGUCAACAAGAUGCUAUGAAUACUAUUGGAAGAGGGGACCAUGCAUCUGCGUUCAUAAGACAAUCUUCUGGUUCAAGAACUUGCCUAACGUUACCAAAUCCAAAUACGCAAUGCCCUCCGCCUCCACCUCCUCCUCCUCAGCAAGUCCAAGCUAAUAAUUUACUUCAACCGGGCCCCAUGCAAAACCACAUAUCUCCAACUCCCCCUGAUCACUUUACAAGUAGCUUACAACGUGGUAGGGAGCUGAAACGUAGCACUAGCAACAUUACCGCAAGUUCAGGUAGCGUCGAGGCGUUAUUCGAGAAACCUGUGCGAAGUCGAAGCCAGCAACCAUUGACGGCCAAUGUUCCGCAACAAAAUGAGACAAAAGUACAACGUAGACCUAGGAAACGGCUUUCUAAAAGCUAUUCACAAGGUUCCGUAUCUGGUUCCUCCCAUACGACUUGCUGGUCGGCUGGUGGUAGUUUUGAUUGCAGACGGGCAUCGGUUGCGUUCCCAUUGCAAAAAGAUGCCAAAAAUAUGAAGGGGUCACAAAAGUUAGACACUAGUCCAUGGAGAUGCAAUGGACCUUUUAGCUAUUGCUUCUUUAAGCGUAAAAGUGAAGGAGAGGAGGAUGACAUUGAGUGGGAAAGACCUAGAAGGAGUCGUGAUUUUGAUAUUGAAGGAGGCGCUGGUAUACCAGUAGGAGGGCUAAACACGAAUCCUAUCGGGGACCAGCUUUACGGCGAAGUUCUUAAUAAUAUGAGUUUUAGUGACCGCUUAUCAAGAAUCAACGCCCUCAAAGAUCGAAUGUACGGGUUUCCGACUGGGUUUACUGAUGUAAGAAGAGAUGUAAAUGAACUUAUAGCGUUAGUUAGGUCCAGCGUCGGACGAUGCGAUCGUGGUGCUCAAAUGCCCCUUCAAGACAUAUCGCAAUACAAGCAACUACUGUCUGUCGAAUCAAAAGAAUUGGGUCGCGCUUGUCGGAGGAUGGCGCAAGCAUAUACGAGCCCAGAGGAAAUGCUAUUGGCUGUAACAUGUAGCUUCCAGGUGCUGUGUUGUCUAUGCGAAGCUUGUAUGUGUCUGGUAAGAGGUCUCGGUGUCUCCGCCUCCCACCAGCAGAGGGAGGUAGUAGCCAAAGUGGACGAAGUUGUAAUGAAUUAUAUUUGUUUGCUCAAAGCAGCAGAAGCAGCAACAGUUGGAGCGCCGGGCGAGCACAGUAUGAAAGCACUGGUGAGGCACACGAGUACAAUGUCUGCUAUCGCUAACGCACUCACUCGCUCCCUUAAAACGCUGCUUAGCAAGUAGAGGCUAAUGCUAAUGACUGUACAAUGUAGCCUAGGCUGUUUGCUCACUUCUGUCUUUUAGCAUCUUCUGAUCUAAGUUAUGGAGA